GUUGGGAAAAAGAACUCCACCUGCGGCAUGCUAUGCAUUGAUGCGAGGCCGUUCGAAGCUCUGUAGCUUUAUUUGCAUAGGCUAUACAUGCUAACACUGCAAGUGGUGGCCGCACCUACACGCUCUUCUCCGAGAAAGGGCGCCCACGACAACAAUCGACAUGGUGGCCGCCUUCUGGGCACUCGUCCCCUUCCUCCUCGCCCACGUCGCCCAAGCAGCCCGGCUGAUCAACAGUAGCUUCCACUCCUAUACCAACCCAUGGGUACGAGGAGGUAGCAGAGCGAUGCCCAAAUGCAAGGCCUUGGAGGCGUCGGGAAACUUGAACUGGGCAAAGUUUGCCGGGAAGGAAUGGAUGGAAAUGAUGAUAUAUCCGGAAGGCGCUGGCGGAUGCAAGUCGUGGAUAUUUUUCCCGGCGAACAGAACUGUGGUCAUGCGCACAAGGAGCGACGCCUGUUCUAAGAACUUCAGGGAUGUCACUAGCAAAUUUCAACCAGACGAGAUACAACGGGGGCCAUCUAGAAGAGGGGACCAGUUUCGGCAGAUCUUGGACACCGACAACCACUCUUGGACUCUAAUGCACGAGUGUCAACCAACAGGUUUUGGAUCGCGGUUUUCCAUUCUCGCUCCCAAGUCGACCAGUCCUGCUUCCGCACGGAUGGCCGAGAAGAAGGCUGACAGGUACAUGGGCGCGUCGGGGCACGGAAAGAGAGCCCGCUGGGUGAGCUCGCGAUGCCAACGGCGCCGAAAUAAGUGCGCAGACACCAGCGAUGCCGUUGCUUCCAGUCUCGUCAUAGCCUCUUAAUUUGGGGCUUGUUGGUGCAACGCUCUGCCAGUAACCGAGGAGACGCCGUGAACAGAUGCAAGUAAAUACAUU